AUGGCGCCUUAUUCAACUGAGAAAGAGAUUCUCGAAAUCCACGAAAUCCUUAAGCAAACAUUUGCUUCUGGCCGCACCAAGGAGUUAGCAUGGCGGAAAUGGCAGCUGAAACAACUCUGGUGGCUUGUUGCCGACAAUGAAGACCACCUCAACCGCCAUCCUCUGGAGAGCAUGGCUUCAGAUAUAGCUGGCCUCAAGGGUGAUAUCCUUGAGCAUAUCAAGCACCUUGAGAAAUGGACUCGAACGGUAAAGGUCGACGGGGCGGGUAUUCUAUUCGGUACUCUUUCAGGCGCAAAAAUACGCAAGGACCCUUUAGGUGUAGCUCUGAUCCUCGGAGCUUGGAAUUUCCCCAUCCUGCUCAUUCUGCAGCCUUUGAUUGCGGCUAUUUCUGCUGGCUGCUGUGCACUGCUGAAGCCAUCCGAGAUGAGCACGAGCUGCAGUGAGCUAUUAGACGAGCUCGUUCCGCAGUACCUUGACACGUCCGCCAUCCGCCUGGUCACCGGUGGUCCCUCGGAAUCGACGUUUCUGCUUUCCCUGCGAUUCGAUAAGAUCUUCUUCACUGGAUCAAGCAAGAUCGCACGCAUCAUCUCCGCCGCUGCAGCUAAACAUCUUACUCCGGUCGUCCUCGAGCUGGGAGGCCAAGGACCUACAAUUGUAACCAAGUCUGCAGACAUCGAGCUAGCUGCUCGACGUAUUAGCUGGGCUAAAUUUACAAAUGCAGGCCAGAUCUGCCUCAGCGUGAACCACGUCUUCGCGGAGCCCGAGAUCGCCGACAAACUCGUUGAGCGGCUCGGCUACUGGAACGAACAAUAUCUUUCACAGGGGAAUGACGACAUGUGUCGCGUGAUCAACGAUCGCAACUUCAACCGCCUCACGGACCUCCUCGAUUGUAGUAAGGGCCAAACCGUCCAAGGUGGCCAACGUAUCCCCGCCGAGCGCUACAUCGCCCCAACUAUUGUGGACCACGUUACUAUGGACGACUCCUUAAUGUCCGAAGAACUCUUUGGUCCGAUUCUUCCCGUCCUUCGUAUGUCCGCCAAAGACGCCGUCACCACAAUUAACUCCAUGCCGUCCCCAUUAGCCCUAUACAUCUUUUCAGGUGAUACAAAUCAAAUAGAUUGGAUCAUUAACAGCACUAUCUCCGGCGGAGUUACGGUGAAUAAUGUGAUGCUACACGCAGCCGUCCCUAAUGCGCCCUUCGGUGGCGUGGGGGAAGCUGGUUACGGUGCGUAUCAUGGCCCGUACGGUAUCGACAGCUUCUCACAUCGACGGGUUAUCCUCCAGCCGCCGAAGUGGCUGGACAAAUUGAUGGGGUUCACCUACCCUCCAUAUUCGAUGAAGAGUCUGAAAUGGCUUGCCGUGAAGAACUCAUUGGGCUUCAAGCGCGGGGAGACGCUCGAGGACCAGAGGCGAUCGCCCGGAGCCGUCACGAAAUUUAUCCGACGGGCGGUUCUAGGCGGGCUAAUAAGUUCCAUAGCAUACUACUUACAUCUCAAAGGGAGAAUUUAA